CUAAACCACAGAUUUACAAUGUGUCUAAUACAGUUGAGUGCUUAGUCACAUUUCUCAAACAGCAAGCAUCCCCACACCAUAAUGUCACUUCUGCAUAGUGGGGCGUCAUUGUUUCACAGAAAUUUCCAAAAGUUUCAGUCGGCCUACGUGUAUGCAGAUGGUCUUGGACAAUUGUCAUCAUUUGGCAUGAUUUUCAGUUGCUUUAGUCUUGUUGGUCAAAAUGCAGUAUGUAGUUUUACAUUGUAAUAAUUUCGCACUCAAAGCUGUACGUGAUCAUUAUGUAAGCUACCGCAUGCAAAACAGGUCACCGAACUUUCAAAAGGAUAUUCCGUAAAUUUGCAAUGAUGUAGCAUUGUUGCAUUUUUGGUUCCCAUAGCAUGUGAUUUUGUUGUCAUUUUGUUUCUGCUUGUAUUGCCAUUUUGAUGUUUUUGUGUUAUACAGUCCUGUGUGACUUUAUUGUACUGUCUUGCAAUCUGAAGGAAAAGGGUGUGCGAAUGCUUUCUUUGACAGUGGACUUUACAUGCUGUAAUAUGGGCCUUAGCAACGUUAAGUGGUGUUUAGCAAACAGAUACUCAUGUCAAAGAAUCGUCGGCCAUUGACAACGAGAAAGUGGGGACCGACUUUCAUUCAGAAUUGUGGAGCUCAGGAACAUACACUGCCAUUUUGACAAUAUAAGAGUUUUGACUCAUUGUUAAAAUAAUACUGAUUGUACUUUUUUGUUUUGGUGGCACUGACUAAUUCAUUGGUGGAAUGAAUUGCUUUUGAGACGUACUUUUGAGUUAAUUGUUUUUGGGGGGUACAGCUUUCAGCAGCUAAAGCAUAGUGUGCUAUAUGCAUAAACCGUUUUGAGAAAUGUUCUUAUCUUGAGAAUGUUAAGUAUUUUUCAUGAAAUGUGCCAAAGCAAUGGAGAAAAACGGUUAGGUGGUGAAGUUGUGUGUCUGCUCCCCCCUCUCCUUGCUCUCAUUUACCGCUACCUCAUUGUUGAUUAGGGAGGCCUAAUUAUGGGAUUGCCUAUGUGAUGUCUGUUAACAAUAUGACAAGCACGUAAUUCAUAUACAAGAUAAAUCUUACUGAUCCUGGGGGUGACGUUCUUGUGCAUAUACCAGAGGAGUUUCUAGCUAUUGAAAAGAUCAGGACUUAAGUCAAAUUUACCUGGUGUUUUUUUUUAAGGAAGACUGGCAUCGAGGUUAAAAUACUCUGGGCUAUAGAGAGUCCUAAGUGAUCGGGCCUAACGACGCCCAUCACAUAUACACUGAGAGCAGCGUGCAUGCAUAUAAUGUAAAAUGAACAAAGUAUACAGAGAUGUAGGACGUCUGUCAACAUAAUGUCCCUCCCUAAUGUCCUUCUAGCACAUUUGAGGUCUCCGUCUUUUAUAAUCGUUUAGUUAAUACAGAGUCGUUGUGGUCCUGGAGACACCCACCAGAAUGCAAGUGAAAUACAGGGCAUACCCUCACGCACUAUGGGCAAAAAUUCAGAUCGGUAUUUUCUGAGCUGCACUCUCUGGCUUAUCGAAGAGUUUGACGUGUGGUUUAGGUUGGACGUGGUAAGGAACACUUCAUUGGAACGGAACUAUACAUCAGCAUAAAUGCAAACGAGCAGGACGGAUGUGAAGAGCUUCAGUGAACGAUUCCCUCUUUAGGUAAGAUGCGGACGCAGAAAGUCAGCUUGUCUUUCUUGACUGGCGCCUGUACGACCAUGUCCAUUACUGCGUGGUUCAAGUUAGGAAUUUCGUUGCUUUGUUGGUGCUGCUCAGCGGCAGGCGGUGGAUGUCCUUUGCCUGAUUUCAAUUUGGCGGGUAACUACCUUUUGGGGGGUCUUUUUGCAGUUCACAAAGUCAACACUGCAAUUGACAUGCGAAACAGGUUACCAGCGCCUUUGCAGUGCAACAGAUUCAAGUUUGUCCCAUUGGGGUACCAUCAGAUGCAGGUGUUUCGUUUCGCCGUGGAGGAGAUCAACAAUUCCAGUGUCCUGCUGCCCGGCAUCAAACUGGGCUAUGAGAUCUUCGACUACUGCUCAGAUGCCCUCAAUUUCAGGGCCGCCCUCGACUUCUUGUCCUCAAACGGCUCGAUUUCCCUCAACACUAAUUUGCACAAAGUGAUAUCUGUAACUGGCCCUUCUGGAAGCACAAAAACACUAAUUCUCGCACCUCUGUUUAUGUCUAGCCUCAUUCCCAUGAUUGGUUUCUCAGCUUCAAGUGUACAACUGAGUAAUAAAAAUCUCUACCCUUCAUUUUUCCGGACCAUUCCAAGUGAUUUUUACCAAGUGAGGGCAAUUGUGCGCAUCCUGCAGCGAUUUCAGUGGAACUGGGUCGCGUUUUUUGGAAGCGAAGAUGAUUAUUCCCGUGACGCUUUAAGUCAAUUUCUGGAUCAGAUCCCAUUGGCUAAUGUUUGUUUGGCUUACAAAGGGAUUCUCUCCACUGACACCUCCACGUACAGCAAAAUGUUUGAAAAGAUAAACAGCCUGAAGAUCAACGUGGUCGUGGUGUUUGCUACCUUUGACUUUGUACGCCCAUUCAUCCAGGUCGCCUUAAAUAACAAUGUGCAGAAGAUAUGGAUCGCCAGUGAAACAUGGUCUCUGAACCAGGACCUUAUUCGAGUAAAUGGGGCCGAAGCCCUGGGUGUUGUUUUGGGUGUUUCCAUCCCAGUAUACGGACCGCUGUCUGGAUUUGACGAUUUCGUCUACAGGACAAUGGAUCGAUCGCCAAAUGAAACUUGCUCCAGUUCCAAUGUGAAGUCAUGCAAUCAGGCCUGCAAAGAAUGUCUCACCACAGAUCCAAAUGUUAUCCUCGAUCAAGACCCAGCAUACAAUUUCCCCAUUUACUCAGCUGUUUACGCCAUAGCCCAUGCACUCCACAUGGUUCUUCAAUGUGGAACUACUUCUUGCAAUGGCUCAACACCCGUUUAUCCUUAUACAGUCACCAAAAUGCUGAGGCGGGUCAGCUUCACUCUCUUCAACAAAACCGUGAAGUUUCAUGAGGAUGGCAACCCACCGGCCCGCUACGACCUCGUAUCCUGGGAUUGGCGCUCCCGCCAGCACACCAUCGUUGGCUCUUAUGAAAGGGACCAGGAAGAGUACUUCAGUAUUGAUGCACGGCUCAUUCAUUGGAUGAAUAACGGAACUGCCCCUGUGCUAAGGUGUUCACAGGAGUGUCAACCGGGCUACAGGAGAGUGCCGUCGAGUUUCCCCAGCUGUUGUUUCAACUGCGAGAUCUGUGGAAAUGAAACAUACAUCAACUACACAGUGGAUCCCUACACCUGUGUGCCGUGCAAGAAGGAUGAGUGGUCUAAUGUCGGCAGUGUCCAGUGCCAGAAGCGGUCUCCGGAAUACCUGCAAGGCGAUGACUUCGUAUCUACAGGGAUCACGCUGUCGGCCUCCUUCAUGGUACUCAGCUCAGCGGCGAUCAUAGGUCUAUUUGCGUACCAUCAGAACACGCCCAUCGUGCGCUCAGCCGGGGGAAAGACGUGCUUCUUCCUGCUUACCUGCCUGGGUCUGUCCUCCAUCAGCGUUUUCUUCUUCAUCGGUCGACCGGGACCCCAUCACUGCAUCUUGCGCAAUUCCGUCUUUGCCGUCUGCUACACGGCCUGCCUCUCGUGCCUCGCCGUUCGCUCAUUCCAGAUUUUCUGCGUCUUUAAGUUGGCGACCAACCUGCCCAAGUCCUACGAGUACUGGGUGAAGGACAAUGGCCAGUGGGUCAUCAUCAUCACGUGCGUUGUGGUGCAGCUGUUCCUUUGUGCCAUGUGGGUGAGCAUCGGCGGCCCCAGACCCAUCGACAUCAGGGUGCAGAAGGUGAUCGUCUUCGACUGCACGCUGGGAAACGUUGCCAUUUUCUACCUGAUCAUCAUGUUCAUGGGCUUUCUUAGCGUCAUCUGCUUCACUUUCGCGUACUUGGGCACCGACCUGCCGAAGAACUACAAUGAGGGCAAGUGCAUCACCUUCAGCCUGAUUGUCUUUUACAUAUCGUGGGCCAUCUUCCUGACCGUGCACCUAGCUGCCAGGGAGAGCAACACGGCUGCCGUCAAUGCCCUUUCCAUCCUCUGUAGUCUCUAUGGCGUGCUCUACGGAUACUUUUUCCCCAAGUGCUACAUCAUCCUCUUCAAGCCGGACCACAACACAGCAGCUUACUUUCAAACUUCCAUCCAGAGUUAUACCCUUCAGUCCAGCAGCACCUAAAACCUCAACCGGGAAAACCCAAAUCGCUGACUUCUGUUCGUCAGAUAGGUCUGUCAUUCAUGAAUGUUAGAUUUGAAUUUAGAGCUGUGAUGUUGCAUUUUAAUUUACCACUGUGAUAUCCAUACGUGUUCAUUUAAUACAAACGCUAUAUAUUUAAUUAAUAUGAUUUAAUAUUUUAAUUUAAAUAUUAAUUUCGCCGCCUUCAUUUCCGUUUACCU